GAGAGAGAGAGAGAGAGAGAGAGAGAGAGAGCGAGCAUCCGUCUAUCCAUCUAUCCAUCCACCCGGGCGCGUGCGGCUCCCUACAGCCGGACAGAGGGGAAGAGAGGAGAAGAGAGGAGAAGAGAGGAGAAGACGCACUGGAACCACCGAGACCCGUUUUAUUUUUAUUUUAUCUUCAUUCUUUUAUUUUUAUUUUUCCCCUCUUUUUCUCUCACUUUCUCCUUCACUCGUCCUUCGGAUCUUUUUCCUUCUCCACAGUCUGGAUGGCUGCUGCUCGUCUCCGCGCGUCGUAGAGACUUUUUGAAGGAUCAUAUAAACGCUGGAGAUUGAAUUUAUUUUAUUGCGGUUUUUUUUUUCGUUCCUCCUGCGUCAUGGCUUCACCAGGAUUUUGGUCUCUGGGCGCAGAAAACGGCGGAGACAGCGGCGGUCAGAGCCCCAUCACUGCCAGAGCCUGGUGCCAAGCGGCUGCCCAGAAAUUCACCGGAGGCAUCGGAUCCAAAUUAUGUGCGUUGUUGAAUGUGGGGGAGGUGGAGAAAAGCCCGGAUGGUGCUGAGAAACGCCAUGUGGAGAACUGCAACUGCAUCACCAAACCCUGCAGCUGCUCCAAAACCAACCUGGGCUUCUCCGAGCUCUAUUCUACAGAUCUUCUCCCCGCGUUAGACGGCGACCUGAAGACGAUGACCUUCUUGCAGGAGGUGGUGGACAUUUUGCUGGCUUACAUCAUGGAGUCUUUCGACAGAUCGACCAAGGUGAUAGACUUCCAUUACCCCAACGAGCUGCUGCAGAGGAAUAACUGGGAGCUGUCGGAUGAACCCGAGACCCUGGAUGAUAUUCUAAUCAGCUGCCGCGCCACCCUCAAAUACGCCAUCAAAACAGCUCACCCCAGGUACUUCAACCAACUCUCCACCGGACUAGACAUGGUCGGCCUCGCUGCAGACUGGCUCACGUCCACCGCCAACACCAACAUGUUUACUUAUGAGGUGGCUCCUGUGUUCGUCCUGCUGGAAUACGUCACGCUGAAGAAGAUGAGAGAAAUCAUUGGUUGGGAAGAUGGUCGUGGAGAUGGCAUCUUCUCACCAGGUGGUGCCAUUUCCAACAUGUACGCCAUGUUGCUGGCUCGCUACAAGAUGUUUCCUGAAGUCAAAGAAAAAGGGAUGUCAUCAGUGCCCAAGCUGGUGGCCUUCACAUCUGAGCAUAGUCAUUUCUCCAUCAAGAAGGGAGCUGCAGCUCUUGGAAUAGGAACAGAGAGCGUGAUAUGUAUCAAAGCUGAUGAGAGAGGAAAACUGAUCCCUUCUGACCUAGAGAGGAGGAUAGUGGAGGCCAAGCAGAAGGGUUAUGUACCAUUCUUUGUAAGCGCUACAGCUGGAACUACAGUGUAUGGAGCAUUUGAUCCUCUGAUUGCAAUCUCAGACAUCUGUAAGAAGUAUAACAUUUGGAUGCAUGUGGAUGGUGCCUGGGGAGGGAGUCUGCUCAUGUCCCGGAAACACCGAUGGAAACUCAAUGGAGUUGAAAGAGCAAACUCCAUGACCUGGAACCCACAUAAGAUGAUGGCGGUGCCGCUGCAGUGCUCGGCGUUGCUGGUCAGAGAGGAGGGUCUGAUGCAGAGCUGUAACCAGAUGCAGGCGUGUUACCUGUUCCAGCAGGACAAACAGUACGACCUGAGCUACGACACUGGGGACAAGGCGCUGCAGUGUGGACGCCACGUGGACAUCUUCAAGCUCUGGCUCAUGUGGCGAGCCAAGGGCACUAUUGGUUUUGAAGCUCAGAUAGAUAAAUGUCUCGAGCUCUCUGAGUAUCUCUACAAUAAGAUAAAGGACAGAGAUGGAUACCAGAUGGUGUUUGAUGGAAAGCCUCAACAUACCAACGUGUGUUUCUGGUACCUUCCACCUGGUGUACGCUACCUGGAAGACAAAGUGGAAAGGAUGAAGCGUCUACACAAGGUUGCUCCUACAAUCAAAGCCCGCAUGAUGGAGUACGGCACGACGAUGGUGAGCUACCAGCCGCAAGGGGACAAAGUCAACUUCUUUCGAAUGGUCAUCUCCAACCCGGCCGCCACCUUCGAGGACAUUGACUUCCUCAUUGAAGAGAUUGAGCGACUCGGACAGGACCUGUAACGACCCCCAACCCAUCCCCCGGAGUGUCUCACUGUACAAAAUGUUUGCUGUGAAUGUAUGGUAUUUCUUUUUCAUUCUUUUUUUCUGCACUAAGUCUAAUACAGGUGAAGAUGUUUAAAAUUCCGUUAGAAUCUUUCGUAUCGAUGUCCUGGACGGCUCGGGUCCAGAGGUCUGUAGAAACGUUGAUGUCCGCUCCUGUCUAUGUUAGAGUGAGCUUUACAUGUGUGGCGUGAGCGUGGAGAUUUAUUCGCUUCAGUCCUGUGCAAUAGGUCGUCUUUUUUUUAUAAGAAACCCAACUGAGCAGAUGUUCUAAGUGCCAGAUGUUACUAUAGAGUUAUAAGAAGGAGGGAGAUUUAUUUAUGUAGAUGUAGAUGAGAGAGAGACAAAGACAGAGACAGAGGGCACUUUGGCUUACCUCAGUAUUGCCUUUACAAUUACAGGCAGCAUUUAAGUGCCAUUUAGUAGAGAAUACAGGAUUAAAUAAAUAAAGCACAGAGGGAUGGUUUAGCCAAUCGGAUUCCAUUCCUUUAACUCUCAAGCUGUUCAACCCUAGCGUGUGCUAAAAAGUAAGUUUUAUCCCAAAAAGCAGGAAUGUAAUGUAUCUACAUUUAACAGGAGGUAAAGCGGCUGCGAGAUCUGAAGCCGACUGAACCAAAAGGUCUUAACUGGAGCGUAAACACAAUUUCUAGAAAAUCAUUUAUUCUGAUUCGCACAAAGCAUUUACACCAGACUGAAUAAUGAACCCACCAAGCAGUGGCCAAUUACGUGUUAGCUGCUAACAAAUAAUGCUGUUUAUGUGUAGAUGAUUAUCAUCCAAAUCAAAUUAAGCCACAUCCACCAAUAGCAAAUUAUUGAAAAACUCCCGGAAGGCGGUUUCUGGCAUCUACGGAAAAAAUUAAAACACUGCUGAAUAAAAUUUAAUGACAUCCAGAUGUUGACAGCAUGAAGCCUUAUUCAGAUGGAAUUAGUUUUACCUGUGUUCAUUCUUAGCCCUGUAUCAAUCCGUCACUUUACAAAUUGUACAAGCAAAGAUUAUAUAAAUCGAUUUAUAUAAUUUAUCCAAAAGUACAUGUUGAUACAGAUGUGCUUGUAUCCUAUAGUAAAAUCUCCUUAUCAUCAUCUGCAGUCGAACCCAAACCGAACAAAUCUCUGAAAAAUUCAUCAUAUGUUCUUUAAUGGUUUAAUCCCAACAAUAUUCCUUUAGUCAUGAUGAAGUCUUGCUAAUCCUAGUGCUUGUUCGUGUUCCAAACAACGUUACUGUAAACCUUGCACAAGCAAAGAUUGUGUCACUGUCAAUUUAUACAAGAAAGUCAAUUUAUAUGAUUUAUCCACAAGUACAUGUGAAUACAGAUUUGCUCAUCUACUAUAACAAAAGCUACUUUUUCGUCGUCCAGAGUUGAACCGAAACCGAACUAAAAACUUGGAACAAUAAAUCAUAUUUUCUUCAAUCGUUUAACCGCAGCAAUAAGCAUCCAUUCGUUGUGAAUUUUUACCAAUCGCAGUGUUGAAUACCAUGUUACUGCUUACGUUGAACAACCCGAACCCUCAUCGAGUUUAAAACUCAGAACAAUAAAUAAUGCAUUCCUCAACCAUUCAAUUCAAACACAUAUACGUUACAAAGUCUUUCCAAUCUCUGUGUUUGCUCAAGUUUAAAACUCAAAAUAAUAAAAUAUAGCUGAUGCUUUAUAUCACAUAUUAGAUUAGUGGCACUUCUAGAGGGAACUUCCUAACAAUGACAGGCAUAUUAUGGUCAAAUGAUCUUUUAAAGCGCAACUUCUGUGGCCUUUAAUCAAAAACGCAAAUAAAUUUUAAAAUAAAUAUCAAAAUUUCCUGGGACUUUUAUUCUGUAUUGUGAAGUCUUUACAACAUAGGGAUCCCCCUUUCUCCAGUAACAGCGUAUAUAUGAUAUGUUGGAGUUUAGCAUUAAAUGUAAAUCUCGACAUUUGAUUUGAGCUCGGAAUCCAGUGUUUACCUCUUCUUUCAUUUCAUACAUUCAGUUUUUGAGUAUUGAGUAUAAGUCCUUUCGGUGCAGUCGGCCCCUGGAGAUCUUCUGCCGCCAUGAAUAAAUAGAAACUGAAGUCUACAAGCCUGAAAUUUCCACAAAGACUUUUAAAUCAAUAAAUAAGAGCAAGAAUACUUAAAGUAGUAUUUGUUAUUCAUAGGUACCCAAAACAGUUUGUAUAGAAUGGUUAAUUAUUGUUGAUGUUAUUAUUAUUAUUACAACUCCCUGAGUCUGUAACUAGAGCUGAAAGUAAACUGGAACUUCUCAGACUAGACGACGUCCUAUCUGAUGGAUUGCUGUACUUCCUGUCAGUGUGUGUUUGUCAACAAAUUACUGUCAGACAGCGAAAAUGUUAAACUCAUUUGUAUCCAGAGCACAAAGACUUUUCUAGACCAGGUAGUAAUGAAAGAACACAGCGUUAACCUUAAAAAAAUUAUUUGAGUUUAUCGAUUUAUUAAAAUGUUUAUGGAGUAUAUGUAGAGUAGGUGUAAGUGUGUAAGGUGAGGUCUGUAUCUUUAGCAGACAGUGACAUAUACCAAUAGAUCUUGAAACACACACGCACACACAUAUAUAUAUAAAUAUAUAUAUUUACGCAGGCGCUAAGCGAUGAAACAUUUCAUUCUUGUAGCAGGAUUGGUUUUCUGCUCCUGCAAAUAAUUCACCAUCACAUUCAUUAACAUAUAGUGUACUGUAGUGUAGAAGUGGUACAGCUGAACUGAGCCGAUAGCGAUGAAGCAAAACAUUAGCAAUACUGCUUAGGACAUGCAAUUAGACCUAAACGUAAAUGGGUUUGGGUAAAUCAAUUUGUGAUAUAUCGCUUAGGUUCGAAUCAGAAAUGCUAAAUAAGAUUCAAAAUGUAAUAAAGAUUCUGCACAUUUCACUGCCACACCAACAGAUGGUGCACUUUCCAGAGUACAAACUCUUACCUGAGUACUUCCUGUUUACUUCCUGGGUUUUAAAGAAAAUUGGCUUUGGGAAAUCUUCCCAAUGCAAAUUUUGGAUAAAGUUUAUGAGGUUAUGGUUUAUAAGGGGAUUUGGAUAUACAGAUACAGAUACAGAUACUUUUUUUCCCACUUCGUUUCCUGUAAAAUGUAUUAAGUCUUUUGCAAAUUUCACUCUGCAUCUGAGUUUCCAUUGUACCAGAUUUGGCUACAUAAAUAGAUUGAGAAAAGCUCCACAUGCUCAACAGCAUAAUAGGUUUAUGUUUGAAAACACAUUUUUCUCUCCAGUUUGGCUUUCGGUCCACACUGAGAUUCCCAUUUUAGUCAAUGAAAACGUAGCUUUUUGAAAACGCUCUUCAUAGUGGAAAAUGCUGUUUUUGCGGUGCAUUGUCAGCUUUCAAAAAUGAUGACGCAUUUUUAGUCAAUGCAACGAUGUUUCAAAGUAAAUAACGGCAGAGGAAAACGAGUGUGGAUGCGAUUUUUGGGAAACGAUUGAAAACAAGUGUGGACGUUAAACGUUUUUAGGAUCCACAUGGUCCCAGUAGGGACAAAGUUUAGAUUUAGGAAACUAGCAAGCACUUUGCAAUAAGGGAAAGUAUCCAAAAUAUUUAGCCACUCUAAAACCAGGAAGUACCCAGUAAGUAGGUGGGUGUGGUCAGAACGAUCUCUGGUGACCCCUAGAGUGUCCAGUGUCCUUGUUACACUAUAAUUUAUCUCUGUAGCACUUAGUUUAACAUCUGUGAGUUUUCCAUGAACUGUGUCAAUCAUUAAAAAACAACAUUGUACAAGUCGUUCUUUGUAAAUGGACAUAUCUCUGUGAAUACAUCCAUGUAUUGUAUAUAAAAGAGUCUAUUUGUGAGGUAAAAUAUUAUUUUCUCAAAUCAAAUAAUGACAUGUAAUUGUAAUACUACAGUAUCUAUACUAUAUAUAUAUAUA